AUGAAACUUCCCAGCCUCAUACAGCCCUCGGACUAUUACCCAUUACUGCUCUUCCACGUGGGUGGUGACAAAGUUGCAAUCCAUGUUACCUUGUCCAAGUCAGCACAGAAGAAAAUACACCAGAAGCGAAUGAGACAGAUGGAGCUUUUGCGUAGAGAGAGGGAGAGCGAGAGAGAAAAGGAAGAGUCCUUGCAGCUCCCUACGCAGGGUGUUGACCAUGGGGAUGCAGCCAAAGAAAGCUUUAGCCUACCACCUCUCAAUGGGACAGUUUCUGUUUCCGCCAGCAUGAGCAAUGAAUGCAGAGAGCACGCUGGUACUGCCUUGAGGAAGCGGGUCAACAGGCCCUCACUGCCCAGUAUCCCCAUCGUCAGCCAGGGUGGCAGCUUCCCGCACAACCCCUCAGUGACCUCACUGCCGGCCAUUGCUCUGGACUUCCUGGAGUGGGGAGAGAAGCCAGAGUGUGAGCGUGCCUGGGAACCCAGACCCUUCCUUCACCCACAGCAGGAGCUCCUCAACGGAAGAGAGAAAGUUGUGGAACAAGAUGAUUUGCUGGCUGAAGCCAGAAGCAGGAUGGAAGUGGUCUUGAGUUUAGAGAUUUGGGGGCCUCAGGUCACUGGCCCAGGUGGGACUGAGCAAGGAUUUAUCUCUGGUCCCACCACUGGCAGCAGCAGCAGGAGACAGGGCCUCCCUGUGACCACCUGCACGCAGCAGAAGGUGAAGGCACUCUUCAGUGUCAGACGCCUGGCCAUCUGCCACUCAGAAGUCCUUCUUUGUAGACUUCAUGAUGUUUCCUUGGCAGUUACCAAAGAGGUGAACAACCUCCGCUCAAAGGUGUCUCGCUUUGCAAUCGGCACUCUUGGAGAGCUCUUCAGGACCAUGAAGAAGUGCAUGGACCAUGAGGUGGAUGAGGCUGCUUGGGUCUUGCUCCAGAAGAUGGGGGAUUCCAGAGAGAUCAUUCAGAAAGCAGCCACUCAGUCCCUGGGGAUCAUGGUGAAGAGUGUGACUCCUGCACGAGCAAUGACUGCUCUCAUGGCUAGUGGAGUCCAGCACCGCAACGUCCUGGUGCGGAAGUGUGCAGCCGAACACCUACUGACCACAGUGGAGCAAAUCGGAGCCGACAAGCUCUUGUCAGGCACGUGUGACAGUACCAAGCUGCUGGUAUGCACACUGGUGAAGCUUGCUCAGGACUGUCAUCAGGACACAAGGUAUUAUGGACGGAAGAUGCUGAAUAUAUUGAUGAGUCAUCAAAAAUUUAAUAGGUAUUUGAAACAGUCUGCCCCCUCACGUGACUUGGAAGAUGUUAUGGCAACAAUUAAGCAGAAAGGGAUAGAAGACCAUAAAUGUGAACCUCCAUCUGCCAAGGACCCCAGGAAGUCUGGGAACAGAGGCUUGAUGAUUCCUCAGGACAACUUGCCUUCUGAUGGAGGUUUGAAGCCUGGCUCUGACAAACUCAUCUUACUCCGUCAGACAGUCCGUCGCACGUCACUUCGGACUGUGGAAGAGACUGAACAGCUCAAGGAGCUUUACAAGCUCCUGACAGCCAAAGAUUUUCAGAAACGAAUAGAGGGAGUGGUACUCCUCCUAGACCACUGCAAAAGCAGCCCCAAGCUUGUCUCCACUAAUAUUGUCCAGAUUUUUGAUGUUUUUGUCCUGAGACUUCAGGAUUGCAACAAGAAAGUGAACCAGCAGGCACUGGAGGCACUGGCUUUGAUGACACCCAUGCUCAGAGAUGCCUUACACCUAGUGCUGGUCCCUCUGGUAGCAGCAGUCACUGACAACCUGAACUCAAAGCACUCCGGGAUUUAUGCUGCAGCUGUGAAAGCACUGGAAGCAUCCAUUGCUCACCUAGAUAACACAUUGCUGCUGCAAGCGUUUGCCCACCGAGUGCGUUUCAUCAGCGGCCAAGCUCUGCUGGAUGUCACAGAACAUCUCUCAGUGCUUGUGGCAUCUGUUUAUCCCCAGAAACCCCAAGCCAUCAAGCGCUACGCCCUGCCGGCGCUCUGGUUCUUCCUGGGAAACGAUGUCCUGCCUGUCCGAAGUGGCAAUGUCAGGGCUGUGGUUGCCAAGCUUGCAAAGGGCCUCUACCAAGUGAUGGGCUCCAGGCUGAAGAAGCAUGCUGCCAGCCAGCCUCAGCAUGUGGUGAAAAACCUCUGUGACAUUUUGGACCUGAACAUCGGGUGA